GUUAUUUAUUCUUCCAGACUCUGUUAUUUUAGUUUUUGUGGGUUUUAUCGAUUGAAAAUGCUAAUUUAAUUAGGUAUUUCCGGUUGCAACAUGACUUCUCAACCGUCAACUUUAUCGUUAAGCCGCAUGCCAUUUCAUGUUUGUAUAUGUGCCUGCAUAAUUGCCAUAUGCUGGAAACUUGCCGAAGGCAAAGUGUUUAAAAUAGGAUACAUCACUGGAGCCCAGUACGCUAAACCCUUCCCGAUCAUAUACGACCGAAUUGGCCAUCGGAUUAGCGGAGCAAUUUCGUUGGCGGUUAACGAGAUCAAUCAAAAUCAUCCUGAUCAUCUACUGCUUAAUGACACCUUGGAAUUCUUUUACGAAGAUACGUUCGGUUCCAAUAUUGACAGUAUCAACAUCACCGGCAAAUGGACGAUGUCCGAGCCGAUGGACGUAAUAAUUGGUCCUUAUGAAACAUGUCUGGAUGAAGCCAACCUUGCAUCGAGAGUGAAUAAACUGAUGCUGUCGUAUGGCUGUCCAAAACCUGAGGCGAUUUCUCUGCUGGAUGAACGCGGACGCUGGGUGAACCACGACCAUACCAAGCAGGAAUAUUCAACCUUGAUCUUAAUGCAGCCUCGUGUACACAAUAUCGGUCGAGCCGUGGCUUCUCUUCUACUCCAUUACAACUGGAAGAAAGUCGCGUUUGUGUACAACGUUUACGAACUCGACGAGGAGAAGGCGGGCGAAAACAUCCGAGGUGUCUUAGAAGAAAAUGGAAUACAAAUUCUGCUCAGCCGGAUGUAUAGAAAAUACAUUUAUGUGGGACUGGACCCUGACGCUACACCGUUUAAGCAAAUUGUGCAAGACAUCAAGAAUGCCUCCCGAAUUGUGGUGGUGGUUGGAUACAUUGACAGCCAUGUAGCGUUUAUGAGGGAUAUGGCCCGAGAGGGACUGCUUGACAAAUGUCACGAGUACGACUGGUUGAAGUACAUUUUGUAUGGACAGUUAUACUUUGAUGUGGUUUGCAACGGAAGGAAGUGGCCAGAAAGUAUCAGCCAAUUAGUAAAGUGUUAAGUGUACUUUGAUCUCUCAUAAAACAAUCAAUAAAAUGUUGUCUCAUGGUUUGUCUAUGAGUGUUUUUAAGUUGAAGGCGUGUUCUGUCAUCUUUCAUAUUUUGGAUCAGAAAUCGCUUCUGAGUGCUUGAGGAGAAGAACUCCUUGUGAAUGAAUUAAUGUCAUCUUGCAUAGCUAGCAGCUCUGGAAUAUCUGGUCUUGGGAAGUGUUCUCUGGCAUAUCUUCUUGUCCUAGAUGUUGUUGCACUGUUAGUCUGAAUGAGUCUGUAUAAAGGUCACCGUUAGCAGAACGAUUGGGUUAGCGUCGUGCCUGAGUUAGCUGUUUAGUAAAGGUCAUUCACCACCAUAAACCAUCAGUAGCUUUACCCUAUCUGACAUGGAGGGCAUUUGGUGGUGAAAGUCAUUCUAUGUGUUUUUACGCGCGGUUGUGUGGUUUAUCGAGUCGACUAAAUGCAAUAGUCAUUGUUACCUGUCCGAUUUCACCUGUGCGAUUUUACCUGUGAACCCGGAUCGCCUGCCUGUUACCGGUCUACAGUGGGAUACCUUUGUGUUUGUUCUUGCGGAUUGGAUGCAGCUGGAUGCCGGCGAGCACGGUGCCAACCGGGUGACGCGGGUGAAUUCGCGGUUGAAGAACCACACGGAUUUUGUAUGUUUGAAGACACCAUCUCGAAUACAUCCAUUGACAUAUUCAAAUCCUUUCUGGGCGUCAUUCCCACGCCAAUCUCAGCCCAGCAUCAUGCGGAGUUUACCGAAAAGGUCAACUAUUAUUUACAGAAGGAGCCAUUUAAUUUCACCUUGGGCGCUGCGCACGAUUUCAACGUGAAAGAGCCGGCGUUUCAUUUGUACGAUGCGGUGAUGAUGUAUGCGCGAGCCCUGAACGAGUGCCUGUCUAAUCCCACCGGUUGUCGGAACCCGAAACGCGGAACGGCAUUAGUAAACUACAUUCUGGAUCGACCGUUUCAGAGUUACAUGGGAUUCGGUAGUUACAUCGGACGGAAUGGGACCGCCCAGGGGAAUUAUUCUCUGCUUGCGCUAAAAGAACAUGUUGUCAAUGCGAGCCAUUCCGAAUUUGGAUUGUAUGAUGUUGCUUUCUUUCGACUGAAUGACCGCAACAGAAGCGACUUACCGAUUCUAGCCUACAAAAACAACGAAACGUUUUCUUUCCCAUUUGGUCGUGCUCCCCUUGACGAACCGGCUUGUGGAUUCGAUAUGCAGAAAUGCCAGUCUAAAGGCGAAAAAUACUCACAUUGGUACCUUAUUCUGGGAAUUGCCGGUAUCUUUGUAUUGGUGGUUUUUGCUCUGAUUGCGGGAAUGAUCUUGUACAGAUAUCAGUUGGCCAAACGGGAAGCCGCAAUGUGGAUAUGGAAGAUUGAAUGGGAACAGUUGAAUGUCGAGAAGAUGCAAAAAUACAUGGAACACGGAUUGGAUCAGGACGGUUGCGAAUGCGCCAUAUCCACCAGUGUGACCUCGGUGACGCGGCUUCUGGAUGCGGUUUUUGUUGACGUACGGGUACCCAAAAAGCUCAAUACCGAACUGGGCUUCUACAAUAAUCGUGUUGUUGCGGUAAAGUUACUGAAGAAACCGCAGGUAACGUUGACAUCGGAAGCCAUUAAAGAGCUUAUACAGGCACAUAGUUUACGCAAUGACAACCUGUGCAAUUUUAUUGGUGCCAGCUUGGAGCCAGUGUGUGUUGUAACCGAGUUUUGUCCACGAGGAAGUUUGCACGAUGUACUGUACGAUGAGAAGACCGUUUUAGAUUGCCUCUUUAUGGAAUCUAUGGUUGGCGAUAUAGUUAGGGGAAUGUGCUAUCUCCAUAUGAGUCCAAUAAAAAGCCACGGUAAUCUAAAGCCAACUAAAUGUUUGGUAGACAGCCGUUUCACCGUGAAAAUCUCAGAUUACGGUCUGCACGAAUUCCGACGCGGUGCGAGUUACGAUCCGCUAUUUGAGCUGUGCGAGUUUCGCCAAUACUUUGACCGUCUGGUUUGGACUGCGCCCGAAUUGCUCCGCGAUCCGCAUCGUCCACCAGCAGGCACACCAGCUGGCGAUGUGUAUUCGUUCUCACUAAUACUCUAUGAAAUUUAUGCACGCGAGGGUCCGUUUGAAAGAAUCCGUUUAACCUCUCAAGAUUUGAUCAAUGCUCUAAGAACGGGAAGACCUGGAGCACCGUUGCGACCGCGACCGGCGGAUCUCAUAGAAAUAUCGGACGUUCCGGAUUACGUUGUCAGUGUGAUGACUGAUUGCUGGAGUGAAGAUCCUGCACAGCGGCCAGAUUUCCAAACUAUUAAAAAACGGCUGCAAGUGAAGCCCACCAUUAUGGACAAUGUAUUAGCGCUCUUGCAGCGCUAUUCAAAUAAUCUGGAAGGGUUAGUGGCGGAAAGAACGACAGAACUGGAAAAGGAGAAAACGAAAACGGAAACGCUUUUGUUCGAAAUACUGCCAAGGCCGGUGGCUGAGCAACUUAUAAAGCAGGGAAAAGUGGAAGCCGAGCAAUACGAAAGCGUGACGAUAUUUUUCUCUGAUUUAGUGGGUUUUACUGCCAUGAGCGCUGAGAGCACUCCUAUGGAGGUUGUGGCGUUUUUAAAUGACCUUUACACGUUGUUCGAUUCUCUGUUGGAGCAUUACGAUGCAUACAAAGUGGAAACUAUUGGAGAUAGCUACAUGGUUUGCAGUGGGCUACCUAUACGCAACGGUGAUGCUCAUGCUGGGGUUGUGGCCAGCAUGUCCCUACAUCUCCUGGAAGAAAUUCAACAUUUUCGUAUUCAGCACAGACCUGACCAGCCGCUUCUGUUACGGAUCGGGAUCCACAGUGGUCCUGUUGUUACUGGAGUAAUCGGGCGCAAAAUGCCACGAUAUUGCUUGUUUGGGGAUACCGUAAACACGACUUCCCGAUAUGAAUCUACUGGUCUACCUCAAAAGAUUCACUGCAGUCCCCAGUGUAAGGUCCUCCUAGAUAGUCUAGGAGGCUAUCAGCUGGAGCCUCGAGGGGUGGUGCACAUGAAAGGCAAAGGUGACCUUUUGACCUAUUGGCUCGUUGAUGAAGAUCAAAUCCGCAAAGAUGCUCGUCGAACAAAAAGUAUCUCUUUAUCAAACGAUCCCAAUAUUCCCAGCCCGAUUCUACAAAGGUGGGGGAAUCGCUUUAAGCGGCAAUUUAGCCGGUUAAAAAAGGAUCCAUCAACCACCAGUUCGCUCCGCAACUCUAUUGUACAAGAUGAUCUGAAAAAAUGAGCAGCGACGAGUUUUGUGUACGUACUAUUUUUUAUAGCUUAUUUGCUGUUCAGGAACUCCAAUCUUUUUGGAUUGGUAAGCUCGAAGCAUUGUGCUACACAGCUGCUACACACAAAAAUAAAACAAAGUUUUUUAUGGUUUCCUUUGCACGCAACAU